AUGGAGAAGGUGAAGGCGGGGAAAGGCAAGGGCGCGCGCGGCGCCGAGCAGGCCUACCUCGCCGAUGGAGGCGGCCGCCGUGGGCGGUCGUCGUGGCGUGGGGGCGGCCGCCGAGGGCGGUCGUCCUGGCGUGGUCGUGGCGGUGGCCGCAGCGGCGGCCGCGGGGGGGGCGACAGCAGCGGAAAAGGCGGUGGCGGCGUCGAGGAGAGCAAGGGGAGUGGCUCUGGUGGGGCAGAUGGCGGCGGUACCGGGGACAAGAAGUUCCCGGGCCGGUGCUUCACGUGUGGCCGUUUCGGACACCCGCAGCAGGACUGCACCACCAAGGAGAGCGACUACCUCCCGCAGUGCUCACACUGCGCAGGAUGGGGUCACAGCAAGGACAAGUGCGCGACGGAGGAGGCCGUCCUGGCGCAGAUCGUCCAUGCCGACAGCGACGCCGACUCCGUCGACAACCAGGCCUUCUGCGCGGCGCCGGGCCUGCCAGGCGAGUGUGGUGCUGUUGACCUAGGUCUAGUGGGGGUAACGGAACUAGGCCAGGAUGUCAUGGUGUACGUGGCUGAUACAGCAGCCACGUGCUCCAUGUUCCGAUGCGCAAACGCGUUCGUGAACUACCGCGAGUGAGUGGUUGGGUCAAGGGGAUCAGAGGCAACAAGGCCUCCGUUCCUCUCCUAGGGUAUGGAGACGUGACUGUAGUCUUUCUGACCGAAGGCGGUAGGGUACCAGUGCUAAUCCUGAACGCCGCUCAUGUGCCCGAGUCCCCCCACAACCUUCUCUCACUGUCGGCGUUGGCCGAGGAAGGCCACACGCAUUCCGGCCAGAAGGGGGAGCUGACUCUCACUACGAGAGCCGGGGGGAAGGUGUGGUUCCCCGGGACGAGUAAGCUAACUCAAGAAGGCUAUCAAAUCGAGCCGAAGGUAGACAUCGCCUGUGCCGCAACAAUUGUUCCUGGCGAUGCCAAAGCAGCCACCCCCACUGACCUCAACUACUACCACAAUUCGCACGGCCACACGCACGAGGAACUGCUCCAGAAAACGGCGAAACAGCAAGGAGUGCAGCUGACGGGAGGACGGCUGCUACCAUGCCUCGGCUGUUCGAUGUCCAAG